AUACGGGAAUCAGGGAGACGGGGCGGAGCCUUGCUUCUGCAGAAGUGGACAGCUCCUCUCGUCGAUCCGAAACGGCCUCGCUAUGACGGCGCACAGUUUCGCAUUGCCGAUGGUCCUCUUCUCCAUCUUCUGGGGGCUCGUGGGAUUUGCGGGUCCGUGGCUUGUGCCGAAGGGGCCCAACCGCGGAGUGAUUAUUACCAUGCUGGUGACAACUGCUGUUUGUUGCUAUCUUUUUUGGCUUUUAGCAAUUGUUUCUCAAGCCAAUCCUCUCUUUGGCCCUCAGCUGAAGAAUGAUACUAUCUGGUACGUGCUCUUUCAGUGGGAAUGACCUGGGCUGUUACAGACCAAUUUAAUAGGCUUCACUCAUGUCCUUUCCAGUUGAAAGUGUGGUGGAUCUUUUACAGCCCAUUUCCACUGUAGUGACCAUCCCCUGCCUUCCAAUUUUAACUGAUACUUUGCCAUAUUAUCAUCUUAAUGUUUUUAUUAAGGACCCUCCCUUGGUAACUGCAGUAAAGUAAGUAGUACAGUACAAUAAGUGGUUAUACCCUCAAGAUUGAAUCACUGUUGAUAAGAGCUUCACAACAUCCUUCUGAAUAAGAGAAAGCCUUUUUCUUCAUUUCAAAUGACAUAGAUUUGUAGAUUUCUCCACAUCUUGAUCUUUGCAUACAAAGAUUCUUCUGUCAGAAUGUAUUUGCAAGACAUUUCUAAUUGUCCAUGUGAAGUACCAGUUGUAAAUAUAAAUAUGGUAUAAACUUGUAUUGUGAAAAUAAAAGUACUGUUUGUGACCUAC